AUAACGAGAUUUGGGAGUUAUCAUUGCUUCCACACAUUAAACAUAUUAAAGCAGGUUAGGUAAAGAAUUGUAAUAUUUAUUUAUCUACUACUACUGCGCAGCAUUAGAGUUUGGCGAUACGCCAAUUUCCUAUGUCCGUCAGAUUAUUCUUGAGAAGUGAUAAUUUGGUGUCAAGAAAAGGCAAUAAUAUUUCAUAUUUUUGUCGCUGUAUCCAUACUUUAGUUAGAAACAUGAAGUAUGUUAAACUUUCUCAAACGGAGGACUUAAUGCCGACGCUGGGAUUAGGAACAUGGCAGGCUUCACCAGAAGUAAUCGAGUCAACAGUAUACAAAGCUUUAGACUUAGGAUAUCGUCAUAUAGAUACUGCCUUUAAUUACAAUAAUGAGGAGGCUAUUGGUAAUGCUAUAAGUAAAUGGAUUGAUAAUGGAAAAGGUACAAGAAAAGACUUAUUCAUAACCACUAAGCUUCCUCACGUUGGAAACCGUGCGUCCGACGUAAAGAAGUUUCUAGAUCUUCAACUAAAGCGACUGCAGAUGGAUUAUGUCGAUUUGUACUUGAUACACGUGCCUUUCGGAUUCCAUUGUAAUCCAGAGACGUUGACACCCGUCGUGAAGAGCACUGGCGAAUAUGAUUUGGACAUGGAUACGGAUCAUAUAAGCACUUGGAAGGCAAUGGAAGUAUGUCAAAAAGAGGGACGCAUUCGUAAUCUUGGUCUAUCCAACUUCAACGAGUCGCAAAUAUCGAAGAUCAUCAACGCUUGUACAAUGAGGCCCCAGGUGUUGCAGGUGGAACUGCACGCAUAUUUUCAGCAGUUAGACUUGCGCAAGUUCUGCUCUGAUCAUGAUAUCGUAGUCACAGCGUAUGCUCCUUUAGGAAGUCCGGGCGCGAAGGACCAUUUCGUUAAUAAAUAUAAUUAUAGUCCUGACGCAUUUCCGGAUUUACUGGGUCACCCAGAUGUAAAUGAAAUAGCGAAAGCUCACCAUAAGACACCAGCUCAAGUGUUAUUAAGAUACUUGGUGCAACAGAAAGUUGUAGUCAUUCCGAAAAGUACUAGCGAGAAAAGACUUAAGGAAAAUUCUGACAUAUAUGAUUUUGAGCUAGCACCCGCAGAAGUGAAUCGAUUGAAAAAAAUAGACCAAGGGGAGAAUGGCAGAAUUUUCAAUUUCUUAUUUUGGAAAGGUGUAGAAAAUCACCCGGAGUAUCCAUUCAAAUUAGGUUCAGCAGUCAAUUAAAUUCUUAAUAAUAUCUUUAUAAAAACGCAUAAUUUGUUAAUUUAAAAGUUUUAAUUUUAUAGACACUGCCAAGUUUGAAAUUUAGUUUUAACUGAAUUAUUAUAACAAAUGAUUGAAUUUUAAAUACAAGAAUUUUGCACUGUUUCUAUUCUGUUCUAGUUAAGCUAAUGCUUAAUUAGAGGUAAUCCUCUAUAUUACUGGUAUGUUAUUAUUAUAACGUUAAUGUCAUCUACUCGGUAUAACUGGGAUGAGACAAUAAAUUCACAUAAUGUCAGUAUUCGUGAUAAAGUGAAACAUUGUGAGUAUUUGUUUUACAAACGGACACAUAAAAUGUGCUAAGUGCUGCUUAUUUUAGUUUUUAUUGCGGAGGACCAUAUGGGAUGUAUCAUAUCACAUGAGAUUCUCUUACCAAGUAAUGUGGUCAGUCAAUGGAAGUUAUUUUAGUCAUUACAAUAUCUAUGAUGUAAACAAAGUAUUAUCUUUAGAUGAAUAAGGUAUGGUAGGUCUGACCAACUGUUAACAUUAAUAACUAAAUACUAGUGACGAUUUCUCUCAAUUAAAAUAAUAGAAUGAGUAUGUUCGCAAGUUUCCUAGUAUCUUUUGACUCAAUAUGUAUAAUUUAGUAGAACUCAAAAAACUUGUCUGAUUAUGCUUAUAUAUUAUUGUAAGCGCUUAGUUGACCAUUCCUUUUAAAUGACUAAAAACAAAUGUGUCAUAUUUUCU